UCAUCUCUGGUCUGUACUUCCACUUAAAUUCUUUGUGAGCAUCGCCCAAUUCAUUUUUGAUUUUAAAGUGCAGGUAAUCAGAGUUUUUAAGCGAAAAUUGUUACAAUAUCAUCCGAUCCCAUUUAAGACUGAAUCUUGGAAGAAGGUAGCCAAUUUAAACCAAAUGGCAACCCUCGAGGAUAAUUCUCUUUGGGAAGAUGGAGCGGAAAGCGUGCGCGAAGACGUUUUGCGGAUGUCCACCGAUGAAAUAAUAUCUCGUACACGUCUUCUAGACAAUGAGAUAAAAAUCAUGAAGAGCGAGGUGAUGCGAAUUACACAUGAACUCCAGGCUCAGGGCGACAAGAUUAAGGAGAACACGGAAAAAAUCAAAGUCAACAAAACGUUGCCGUACUUGGUAUCUAAUGUCAUAGAAUUAUUAGAUGUCGACCCCCAGGAUAUGGGGGAGGAAGAUGGAGCAGUGGUUGAUCUGGAUGCGCAACGGAAGGGCAAAUGUGCAGUUAUUAAAACUUCAACUCGUCAAACUUAUUUCUUGCCUGUGAUAGGCCUUGUUGAUGCCGAGUCACUUAAGCCAGGUGAUCUUGUCGGCGUUAAUAAGGACAGUUAUCUAGUACUUGAAACAUUGCCCGCUGAGUACGAUGCCAGAGUCAAAGCCAUGGAAGUAGAUGAGAGACCAACUGAGCAGUAUUCUGAUAUUGGAGGAUUGGAUAAACAAAUUCAAGAGCUGAUCGAAGCUGUCGUAUUACCGAUGACACAUAAAGAAAAGUUUGAAAACUUGGGAAUUCAGCCGCCAAAAGGAGUGCUUUUGUAUGGUCCACCUGGGACUGGAAAAACAUUAUUAGCAAGGGCUUGUGCUGCGCAGACAAAAUCCACGUUCUUAAAACUUGCUGGGCCACAGCUUGUUCAAAUGUUUAUUGGUGAUGGUGCUAAAUUGGUGAGAGAUGCAUUUUCCCUGGCAAAGGAGAAAGCACCAGCUAUAAUUUUUAUUGACGAGUUGGAUGCAAUUGGUACAAAACGAUUUGAUUCGGAAAAGGCAGGUGACAGGGAAGUUCAGAGGACCAUGUUAGAACUCUUGAAUCAGUUAGAUGGGUUCAGUUCAACUGCUGACAUUAAAGUAAUCGCUGCAACUAACAGAGUAGAUAUUCUAGAUCCUGCAUUAUUGCGAUCUGGUCGAUUGGAUAGAAAAAUUGAAUUCCCACACCCCAAUGAAGAAGCUAGAGCUCGUAUCAUGCAGAUACAUUCAAGAAAAAUGAAUAUGUCUCCAGACGUUAAUUUUGAAGAGUUAUCUAGGUCUACAGAUGAUUUCAAUGGUGCUCAAUGUAAAGCAGUUUGUGUUGAGGCUGGAAUGAUUGCUUUGAGACGUAACGCAACAGCAGUUACACAUGAAGACUUAAUGGAGGCUAUCAAUGAAGUUCAAGCAAAGAAGAAAGCAAAUCUUAAUUACUAUGCCUAAGUAUUGUCAACUCUUGCUAUUGGAAUCCUCUUUAACAAUUACAGGUAUAUUUAAUCAAAAAGGUCCUGUCUUAAAAGGAAAAUAAAGUUGUAGACAAGUACAUAUUUGUAAUUAUACAAUUUUGGAUGCAGUAAUAAGUAUUCUUAUAUUCUGAAAA